GAAUGUUCCCAGGUGUGAGUUUGUAUGUAUGAUGGGGACUGGAAUUGUUUUAUGCUUUUGUGUUUGUUGCGCUUGAGUUCGAAGCUUUGUGUUGCUUGCGCAGCACAAUGGUGGUGUGUGUUUCCCCUCUCCAUACCAAUUAAAGGCGGACUUACUGUUUACAAAAUAUUCAUUCCUUUAGAGAAACAAUUUCUUGCAAAUAAGCAUCUUUCACCUCUUUCAUGUAACGUGCAGGAUAUAAAUAACCAAUUUUUGAGGUAACUUCAGCUUGCAGAAUUACAUUGCUUAAAAAUAAUAAUGGUUUUGCUUCUCUUUGCCAUGUCUGUAACUCUUGGCUUCAGUAUGGAAUGUGGGUCAUGCUCAAUCAGUGAUGUGAGUUUUCUUCGGAAAAAAAAUCUGUGCAGAUUAGGAUUUUCCACAGUGCACUGGAGAGCAGAAGUGGACACAAGUGCUUCCUUGACCUCCUGGUAGGUGAGUCACUGCUGCUUACCAGAAAUGGGAGAGGCGAGGCAGCAGGGACAUGGUGAAAAUGCACAAGCCUGAGCUAAUCUGGCACCCCCUGCCACUGUGUUUGCACCACACCUCCUUCCCUUCCACCUCGUCCUUCCGCAAGUGCCUCCACCCAGCCAUGCUAUCUGCUAUUGCUACAAAGUGCUCUGUAGCAAUGCUUGUUUUACUUGCAUCUAGUAUGCAAAACUCAAAACUUUGAAGCUUGCCAAUGGUGCCUUAUAGUGCAUUUGCGACUGACUUCAAUAUAUUAUUUCAUCUCAUUCUUAUUUUAACUGCCUUUAGAUAUGCCACACAGCCAAGUUUGUAUUGACUAAAACAUGAUUGAAAUCGCCAAGAAAAAGGGUUGAUUUUAAAUAAUUGUUUCCUGAACAAGCAUGCAUACCAUUUGGUUAUUGGGACAAAUUAAAACACAUCUAUUUUGACAACAAAUAGUCUUUAUACUGCUCAGGACUAUAAAACAAGACUACUGCUCAUGUAGUUCACAUGGUUUUGCAUUCCAGAAUUUGUAUCUUGCUGUUGGGGGGUGGGUUGUUGUGAAGUUCUGAAGGUGUGGUGGUAUCACCCCUUUAAGUCUGGUUUAUGGGAAUGGGUUAGAACCUCAGAAAUAAUGAGCUUACAUAAAGCUGCCUCCCGUUAAGGCUUCCAAGACCGGUGUCACAAGGUAAUUGGUUGGAAGAGGUGAACGCCCAUGGUCUAUGUUCCCAUAAAACCUGGAUUGGUGGGAGCUCUCGGCAGCUAACCAGCCAAGGUCAGUGUCUCUUGGGGCGUUUGGCAGCAUCUUCUUCCAUUGCUCAGCCUACUGAGAUUUAAGUGCAAGGGUUUAUGUUAAUUAGCUGAAUAAGUUAGUGUUUUUAAAAAAAACCUUCUGAGCUGUUUUAAUCUGUGUAAAUAUUUGGAGUUUUUCCUCUCUUUGUUGAGUCUUGUUUUAGUAAAGUCAGUGUAUGAUUUUAUGAAAUUUAGUCUGUUCUGAGACCCUGAACCCUUUAAAUUUGACCAUGCUUUUCAGAGCAAGAGUCAUCCACCACAGAAGGUAAGGGUUAUUAUUACUAUUUUAAAUAACUAAUUCUUACCCAUAUUGCAUACAGCUUUCUGAAAGACUGGUUCUGCAAAAGGGAUACUGGUAUUGUAAGUACCUAUUUUUAAAUAACCCUUCCAGAAUACUUUUUGAGAAGGAGAAUCUGGAAUCAGUAAAUAAGCUAAGUGAAUGGGGCUACAUUCUGCGAUAAAAAAUAAUAAAAUAUAAAAUUUUCAUACAGGAACAACAUUUCCUAUUUGUUGCUAGGAUUGACUUACUACUUAAACGCUUCAGUAAUAUUGUACUUGCUUCAAUUUAUGUUAAAGAUUCUUGAGUAAUAGUGGAGGUCUUGGGUCAGAAAUAAAUAAGGGUGAGAGAGGAGCUCAUUCUGUAAGUUCAGACCAAGCAUCCCCAAACUUCGGCCCUCCAGAUGUUUUGGACUACAAUUCCCAUCUUCCCUGACCAUUGCUCCUGCUAGCUAGGGAUCAUGGGAGUUGUAGGCCAAAACAUUUUGAAUGGGCCACAGUUUGGGGAUGCCUGGUUCAGACUAUAACAUUGAACUCAGAACAAAUGCAUACCUGCAGGUUAAUUCUGUGCCCAGGGCAAGAGAGGUUUAUUGUAUUUUAAGGACUGACUAAAUGGUUUGGAAAUGGACUGUACACAGGAGUUGGUUGGGAUAUCCAGGGGAUUGUCAUCCGGUGGAGGAGAGGGGAUUUUUAGGUUCUAAUUAUGAACUGAGGGGAAAGAAUUUUAGAUCUUACAGAAUAUUUUAAGCAAAAUUAAGAGGCUAAAGGGGAAUAAUUAGAGGAUUAAUAAUCAGAGUAAGAAGAAAUUUUUAUGUGUUAUAUGGAAUUUUGAUGUUUGGUAUAAUGUUAGAUUUUUAGAAUUGUUUAACAGGAAAAUUGCCAAUUAGGGGUUAUAAUUAGGCUCGGGAUGGGGGGAGCGGGGAAGUCAAAGUUACGAAACUGUUAUGAAUAUUAGAUUGGUUUUUUCUUUUUUCUUUUUUUUUUCUUUUUUCCUCUUCUUUUUCUUUUUUUCUUUUUUUUCUUUUUUGAUGUUUGCUUUUAUGAUACUAUGAUUUAAGAUGGAGAAACGAAUGGAAAUUUCAAGUUUAAAAUGCUAAUAAAGAUAAUUUGAAAAAAAUAAAAUUCUGUGCCCAGGGCAGGUGUCCAGAGCCAGCUGGUGCAUGCGUUUACCUCCCGCUUGGAUUACUGCAAUGUGCUCUACGUGGGGCUACUACCUUUGAAGGUGACUUGGAAACUACAAUUAAUCCAGAAUGCAGCAGCUAGACUGGUGACUGGGAGAGGCCAAUGGGACCAUAUAACACCUCUCCUGAAAGACCUACAUUGGAUCCCAUAAGUUUCCAAGCACAAUUAAAAAUGUUGACCUUUAAAGCCCUAAACGGCCUUGGCCCUGUAUACUUGAAGGAGCAUCUCCAACCCCAUUGUUCAGCCCAGACACCGAGGUCCAGCUCCAAGGGCCUUCUGGUGGUUCCCCCACUGCAAAAAGUGAAAUUAUAGGAAACAAGGUAGAGGGCCUUCUCAGUAGUGGCACCUACCCUGUGGAACACCCUUCCAUCAGAUGUCAAGGAGAUAGAUAACUAUACAACUUUUAGAAGACAUUUGAAGGCAGAUCUGUAUAGGGUAGUUUUCAAUAUCUGAUGCUGUGUUUUUAUAAUUUGCUGGAAGCUGCCCAGAGUGGGUGAGGAAACCCAGUCAGAUUAGUGGUGCAUUAAUAAUAAUAAUAAUAAUAAUAAUAAUAAUAAUAAUAAUAUGCAGAGUUUAGCAGCACACUUACAUGGGAGUAAGCUCCAAUGAAUGCAAAGGAACUGCUUCUGAGUAGAAAUAUAUAAGAUAGUGCUGUGGGACAUGGGAAGUGUGUGGUUGGUUUAUAAGCGCCUUCCUUCUCCCCUCCCCAAUGAAUUCCUUUCCUUUCUCUUUUCAGAGCUAUCAGUGUAAUAUCUUCACUAAUGUUAAUGCUAACUAUGGUUAAGAGACGAAGUUUCAUGUCUCCUGCUGUUCAAAAAAAUACAAAUAAAAUAUGAAUGGUAAGCAUGCUAGUGUACGACAUAUCAAGAUGGAAAUUUACCAUGAGAGGGUGUCCAUUUGAAUUCUGUAAAUAAGCCAGCCAACCUCCUAUUGAAAGAUGCAAUUUUCCAAGCAAGCAAUGCCUCGCAGAAGUCAGUGGGAAUGGGACUGCUUUGAAGAGAAGCUCUCACAAAAGCAGAAUCAAAGGCUUGAUAGGAUUCUGUUGUCAUGGCAGUCACAAACUCAGUGUCUUGUAUGGAUUGCUCUAGGAGAAUUAAAUAAAUUAACUGCUUCUCUUUAAUGACAAGUUUAAGACAUUUUGGUUCACCUUUCCAUGGUUGGGUGGCCAUUUUAAAUUGCCUGUGCAUUUUUCAAUUUGUGUGGUGUGAUUUAAGAUGCUCAUAAAUUAUUUUUUUCAAUAUUUCAGAUCUAAAAUAUUCGCAUCUAUUCUGCUGAGGAGAGAGACCACACACUCACUUGGGGGCCUCAAAUCUGUCUCUGCUUGGUGUACAUUCACAUUUCAUGAUCAGGACCAUUCUACACCCCCGCCCCCUGAAAUUGGUAUUUUUUGGGGGCUUUGUUAGAUACUUUCAUAAUGAAAGUAUAUUUUAGUCUCCAUUUUUCCUAAUUUUGUGAAGAAUAAAUAAAAUUUUAAUAAUCAUCUGAAGUAAGAAAUGAGUUUAGAAAAUUGACACAAAGACCGCUUAAAUAUAAAAGGAGGAUAUCUAUUCUGGAAGGCAGCCUAAAGGUUCGCGCGCGCGCGCACACACAUACAUCCUUGAUUGUUCCCUAAAAACAUUGGUUUGCUGUUAUGUAGUACUGUUGAUGGGCAGUCACUGGAGAACUCACCAGAUUGCUUCCACCUGCUGACUGGAGAAAGUAGCAAAACCACAGAUGACAUUAUCACCCUGUGUUCCUGGCCCAAGGUAAGACAACACUGCCCUUGUGAUGGUGGUGGGGAAAUGGCAUCCGUUUGCAUUUAGCAUGCCUACUAUCUGUCUCUGGGCAAUAGGUUCAAGUCCUGUUACUGAACAACCUCCAAGAAUUUGGGCUAAAUGGCAUUGCUGUUAGGCAGUUUUCCUCUCCUGACACAGACUGAAGGCAUACCUUAUAAUUUAAUUUCAAAGAUGUCAAAGGGCAUAGGUCAGUCAGUAUUGGAAAUUGUGAUGGUUGUCUAGUUCCACACCGCCCCUUUAAAUGAAAUCUAUUAUUACAUAUAUUUACGUGUUUCUAAUGCUAUCUGUUGUUAAUGAGAAUAUACAGCUGCUUUGAAGGCAAAUAACAAAUCACAGGGUAAAACUUAGUAAAGAUCAGCACUCCUUUAUUUAUUUAUUACUUACAUCUAUAUCCCACAUUUCCUCUAAGAAGCUCUAGUUGGCGUAUAUGGUUCUCUUUCUGCCCAUUUAUUCCUCACAACAACCCUGUGGGGUAGGUUGGGUUGAGAGACUGUGACUGAGCAGGGAUUUAAACCCUGGUCUCCAGGGUCCUAGCCCAUCACUCUUCAUCACUAUACUACACUGGCUCUAAUAUGGCAUAAGCUUUCAUGGGCCACAGUCCACUUCGCCACAUCCAGUGAAUCAUGCAACGAGCUCCAUGCAAUCAAAUGGCUUUGUGGUUCUUGAAAGACAAACCCCACCCCACAUGGCAAACCACUUUAAGAAACUCAAGAGAGAAAUUGUUUUCUUUGUUUUGUUUUUAAUUUGUGUUAUGACAGAGGGACCUGCUGUUGAAAGGAUGAAAAGAAAGAAAGAGUAAAACUCUGCACGAGCCUUUGGGAGCACCCAAAACAUUCCUUUGCAUAGGAGCCAACCCCUAGGAGCCAAGGGGUGUUCACCCCCCCCCAAGCUGAUGGGCAUUGCCAUUCAAAUGGUGCAUGUGCACUAUAUCAAGUGAUCAAUUAUGCAGGGUGAGGCUUACCUCCCCCUCCCCCAAUAUUUUAUUUAAGUUGGCACCCAUAUUCCUUUACACUAUGGACUCAUUUCCCAAAAGUGUAUAACCCAGCCUUCCAGAUGUUUUGGACUACAACUUCCAUCAAACCCAGAUAACAGAUGUUUUUCUGCCCCACCACCGAAUUUCUAGCCUCCACAUUUCUUUUUAGUAUUUGACAUUUUCAGAAAUUCUGCAUUAUUAUUAUUUUUUUGUGUGUGCUUUUCUCUUUAUCAUUCUGAGAGUUGUUGUUGCUGUUUAGUCGUUUAGUCAUGUCCAACUCUUUGUGACCCCAUGGACCAGAGCACGCCAGGCACUCCUGUCUUCCACUGCCUCCCGCGGUUUGGUCAAACUCAUGUUCGUAGCUUCGAGAACACUGUCCAACCAUCUCAUCCUCUGCCAUCCCCUUCUUCUUGUGCCCUCAAUCUUUCCCAACAUCAGGGUCUUUUCCAGGGAGUCUUCUCUUCUCAUGAGAUGGCCAAAGUAUUGGAGCCUCAGCUUCAGGAUCUGUCCUUCCAGUGAGCACUCAGGGCUGAUUUCCUUCAGAAUGGAUAGGUUUGAUCUUCUUGCAGUCCAUGGGACUCUCCAGAGUCUCCUCCAGCACCAUAAUUCAAAAGCAUCAAUUCUUCUUACAUUCUAGGUUCCUGUUCUGAGAGUUACAUAUUUGUAAAUAUGAAGAACAAUAUGCUUAUCGUAGGGAAAUUGCACUGGAAAGUUUUUUAGACCACAGCUAGCCAUAUCAACAACUAAAUUCACUAUUUGCUGAUGGUGAUGUACUGUGCAAUGUUUCUGGCUCUAACUGUACACUUAAAAAAAUCCUAUAAUUAGAAUUGUUGGCACAUUUGUGCAACCUGUUUACUUGCUCAAGCAUAAGCUGUGCUCUGAAAUUGAUAAAACAGAUUGCAGGGAGAAUUGGCAAGCAAAGAUGUUAAAUCAAGGUCCAUAGCACCAUUUGGAAACUGCAGAGCAUUAUUUAAGCGAUUUACUUUACCUUCUUCAAGUGAUGUUCACACUGAUAUCCUAAAGUACUAAAUAACCCAGUGCAGUUUUGAGAAAUGAAUGAAUUCAUGACUUCCUAUUCUAAUAGGUUCUGCUGGAUUGAACAUAUACAUGAAAAGAAAAAUGAAACAAAGUGGGCCUGCGUUCCUGGAGCCUAAUAAUUACAUACCACCCAUACUCAUGAAUUGCAUGGUGUGAUGAUGCGGAAAAAUAAUAAUAAUGCAUGGAAUCACUGAGCAAUUCAAAUUGGUCACUGUAGCAAGGACAUCUGUGAUGCCUUUCACUCCACUCAUGCUGAAUUGUUCAGAUAAGACCCUUGAAGGACUGCCUAAAUAAGGGAAAAACCAUGGGGAUGUUAAGCUCGCUGCAGAAGCAGACUAGCAUAGGCAUUCAACAAGUUGUAGAGUGCAAGCUAUUUUACCUUACUGAACUUUGCCAUUUUUCUAACUGAACGGAAGAAAUGAGAAUGCCGUUUCAAGAACCUAGGGAGAAUGGAAGUGAGGAGGAGGAUGAGAACUCUGAGGCAAAGGUGUUCCUUAAGCCUGUUAUUGAGGAUAGAAACAUGGAACUUGCCAGAAGGUGCACUGAAAUGAUAAGUGAUGUCCAUUAUAAAGGAGAAUAUGAAAAAUCUAAAGGCAAGUGCAUAUUUGUACCUGACACCCCUCAGCUAAAGCAUAUGAAAAACAUCUCUGCCUUUAUUUCUGAGGCACAAUACAAAGCAGGUGCAAAGAAAGACCUCUCCAACUCAAUCUAUCAGCAGAUGCCGGCCACAAUUGACAGCGUGUUCGCAAAAGAAGUUACGCAGCUUCAGAGCAAAGUUCUCUACAAGCAAAAACAUGAUGCUGAAAAGGGUACGUCAAGUUAUGCGCAUAUGAAGGAGCCUCCAGAUGUUAAGCAUGCCAUGGAAGUCAGUAAACACCAAAGUAAUGUUUCAUAUAAAAAAGAUCUCCAGGACACUCACAGAUAUACUGAUGUUUCAAAUCGACGAGACAUAAUGAUGGCAACCCAGUUAACAAAGAUAAUAAGCAAUGCUGAAUAUGCGAAAGGAAGGCGAGAAAUGAGUAAGGAACCAACUGUCCUCGGAAGACCAGACUUCAACCAUGCAAAAGAGGUUUCCAAAUAUUUAAGCCAAGCAAAAUACAAAGAACAGUUUAAUAAGGAUAUGAAGAAUUACUGCUACAAUCCUCUUGAAAGUGCUUCUUUCAAGCAAGCACAACUUGCCUCUAUCUUGGCAAGUGACGUGAAAUACAAAAAAGACCUAGAAAGCCUUCAUGAGCCAGCAUCUGCCUUUCCAAACCUGUUGCAGUUAGAGCAUGCCUUGAAUGCCAGCAAAAUAACUAGCCAGUAUGAAUAUAAGAAGCUGUUUGAGAAAAGCAAGGGGCUGUACCAUUUCGGACUAGAUACAGCUGAACAGAUGCACCACAAAGAGAACGCAGUGCUCCAAAGUCAGGUAAAAUACAAAGAGAAGUAUGAAAAAUCAAAAGGCAGGGCCAUGAUGGAAUUUGUGGAUACGCCGACUUACCAAGUUUCAAAGGAGGCUCAGAGGUGUCAAAGUGAGAAAAUAUAUCGAAAAGAAUUUGAAGAUAAACUCAAAGGAAAGGCAGCACUGGACUUAGACAAGACCCCGGAAUUCUUGAACGUGAAGCGUGUUACUCACCUGCUCAAAGAGAAAGAGUAUAGAAAAGAUUUGGAAGAAGGGAUGAAAGGAAAAGGACUGACAGUGUUUGAAGAUACGCCAGAGUUGAUUAGAGUGAAAAAUGCAGCUCAGAUACUAAAUGAGAAGGAAUACAGAAAAGAUCUGGAAAAUGAAAUAAAGGGAAAAGGAGUCAAGCUCAUCUCUGAAACUCCUGAGGUUCAAAAAGCAAAGAGAGCAUCUAAAAUUGUUAGUGAGAAAGAAUAUAAAAAAGACCUGGAGACUGAAAUUAAAGGGAAAGGGAUGCAGGUUGGCACAGAUACUCCUGAAAUACAGCGAGCCAAGAGAGCAUCUGAAAUUGCAAGCCAGAAAGAAUACAAGAAACAUCUAGAAAUGGAAAUUAAAGGGAAAGGCAUGCAGGUGGGCAUGGAUACUCCUGAUAUACAACGAGCAAAGAAAGCUUAUGAAAUUGCAAGCCAGAAAGAAUAUAUGAAGGACCUGGAGACUGAAAUCAAAGGGAAAGGAAUGCAGGUGGGCUCAGAUAUCCCAGAGAUACAGCGAGCAAAGAAAGCUUCUGAAAUAGCCAGCCAGAAAAAGUACAAAGAUGAAGCAGAGAAGAUGCUGUGCUCCUACUCUGCUGUUCCAGACACUCCUGAAAUCGAGAGAAUUAAAAACACACAGAGAAAUAUCAGUGCUGUAUUGUACAAGAAAGUGAUAGGAGCUGGUACAGCAGUAACAGAGACUCCAGAGAUUGAACGAGUAAAGAAAAACCAGCAAAAUAUUAGUGCAGUCAAGUACAGCAGAGAUCAGCAACAGAUGAAAGGUAGACCUAGUAUGAUUCUAGACACACCUGAGCUGAGGCAUGUCAAAGAGACACAAAACAACAUCUCAAUGGUAGGGUACAUUUUUCACCUAGCUAGUGUGUUCUGAAGAACGGUAGCUGUAGAUUGGAUUGGAUUGAACCCUUCAUUAAUCUAGGUAACUAGCACGAUGCGCCUAAAGUCUGGACUGAGUUUUUUCCCUUACACAGUGGUUUUUGGGGUGGGGUUUGCUAACUGCAUUUAAAUGUUGCAUAUUGCUAUACUAAUAAAAUGAUUUCCCUAACCAUUCACUCGUGUGGCUUCUUAAAGACACUUCACGUGGUUCCUCUCUGUUUCAGCAUUGCAUAUUUUAACUGGAGAGGGUGAUACACACACACACUGCCUUGUGCCUGUGCAUGUUUUUGAUUUGUGUGCGCAAGUGGAAUUAUGUAUGUGUGAGUGUGCUGUGUAUAUGACCGUAUGUGAGGAAUGGGGGAGGGAGGCUUUUUAAAAAGCAUAUCAAUAUCUGUAAUACCUUGAAAAAUCAUACUAAUUUGAAAUUUUAUCCUAACAUAUUGAUAUGGAGCAUUUGUGCUUUCUAUAGUUGAAAUUGUAUGAAAUGUAAGAUGAUUUUGAAGGGUUUAGCACCAUCAUUAGCAUGUGAAUGUGACACUAAAUGCAAUAGACUGCAUGCGACUUUCUAUCUGUAUACAAAAAAAUAAUUACGUUAAGAACAACAACAACCAAUGACGACAAUGGUAAUUGCACAUCUAUUGGGCCUUGUAGCAGCAAGGAACAAUUGCAUGACGGUGGUUAGCAGCUUGAAAUAAGCAGAAAUGUCAAUGCCCAAGAAAAAAAAUGGUGACAGUGCCUAUCUUCUGCAGCUCUCAAUACACCUUGUUAUUGGAUUAGAAAAUAAUAAUCUCCCCACCCCG